GAAAGACAUCUCAAGACUACACAUCACGCGUAACAGAAUCGAAAUACGAUAACUACAUCAAAUCAGCAAAUAUGUUCCAGAAUACCCUCGCUCUCUUCCUGCAAUUCUUCUUCUUUGCUUUGGCUUUUGCUCAACCGAUUGAGACUGCUGGACAUGGCAAUGCGUGGAAAUACGGUUCUGGCGGUGGAGUGAUUGGGUUUAUUGUAUUAAUUCUCGAUAUUAUUGUCUUCAUCGAGGUCCUCAAAUCCAACCGUCCUCCUUCCCACAAACUCCUUUGGUGUUUAGUCGUCUUCCUCUUCCCUAUCCUCGGUUUGGUCAUCUAUUGGCUGUUCUCCAACAGAGAAGCACACAACUCUGGCAGCGGCUCGUACGAAGCUAUUCCAUAAAGAGACGACGUUGUGUAAUACCGCGGUGAUGCUAUCGGGUGAUGGUACAACAAACACAGAUAAGACGAGAAUGAUGGAGUUCUGGUGAUGAUGAUCAUAGCAUGGAUGGAUGGAUUGUUUUCUGCGGCGUAUACGACUAAGCGGAUUUGGGUUUUAGGAAUUGAAAUAUAUGAUUUUGAGGGUAUUGUGAAUGGAGUACGGGAAUAUGCUAGCAUACUAUAAUGAAUGAACUUCAGAAUAAUCGAAAGUGUAGUAGUUCGGAUCGAUUACUCA